ACUAAGGUGACAAAUUAAUUUAUUAUAAUUUCAGGCCGCUGAUACAGGGAUGAGGGAGUUGUUUGGAGCUGUCCAUGCAGGGGCAGGGCCCUGUUCCUGACCCUGUGGGAGCAGGACGGGCACAGCCCUGGCCCUGGAGGUGCGGGGAGAGGAGGGGUGGAUGCGAUGGGGAACCCCAGCACUGGGAACAGGGGGGGCUGCAGCAGCUCCCGCCCCGAGAUGGGCACGGGCGGGGCGGCUCCGCCCCCGCCGGUUCCGGUACCGCUCCCGGCUCCGCCCCCGCCGGUUCCGGUACCGCUCCCGGCUCGGGUCCCGCCGGUUCCGGUACCGUUCCCUGUUCCCUCCCCGCCGGUACCGGUUCCGGUACCACUCGCGGCUCCACUCCCGGCUCCGCUCCCGCUGCUCUGAGCGGGCCCCGCCGCCUCCGCCCCUUAUAUAGGGCAAUGCGGGUGUGGGCGUGGUCUCAGUCACCAUGUGGCCCCGCCCAUCGGUUCCCAUUGGUCAAUCUCCACGGGCCGCGCAUGCGCAGUGCUCGUUGUGGGCGGGGCCGGCGCGAGCGGGAAACUGGGACCGGCAAAAACCGGGACCGGAAUCGGGACCGGGACCGGGAGCCACCGGGGCCGGGGAGCCCCGGGAGCCCCGGGAUGAGGCGGCGGCGGCGCGGGGGCGGCGCGGUCCCGGCCGAGGCCUGCGGAGUGUGGCUGGACACGGCCGAGCUGAAGCGGGGCCCGGCGCGGCCCCUCAGCGCCAGGCUGGAAGCAGCCAGCCCCGGGCCCCGCAGGAGGCAGAGCACCAUCCCCGCCUUCUUCAGCCCCCUCACAGAUGGAAGAGACAAAGAAAACUCCAGGCCGAGGCCCUGCACCCCAAAUAAAGGCUGUGGGCGCUCGGGGGCUCCCCUGGCUGCCUGUCCUGUGAAGAUCCUGGCCUUGCCGCAGCUGGAGGGAGCCCGGGAAGAGCCCCCUGGAGCCGAGCAGGGGGUGCAGGGCACAUCCCAGGCAUGGAAAACACCCCUGGAGCCCCUGGAGCUUCAAGUGGAGUCUCAGAGCCAGAGCAAAGCCUCCGGGGAUUCCUGGUGCUGCAGCCUCUCCCAGGGAUCGGAGCACAGUGGGAUUGGUGCUCACAGGAACAAAUCCCGGUUAUUUCCUGGAGAAACAGCCUCGGGGAGCAGGAAACCACAGCCCUGGAGCACAGUUACUUCUGGGCCAGGUUUUGCUGGGACUGAGAACACAAAUCCUGUCCCAGGGGCUGCUCCCAGCGGGGUUUGCUGCUCUCCUCAGCCCCUCAGGGAGUGGGGCCAGACCCCGGAGGGUUCCUGUGGGCAGCUCCUCUGCCAGGACUCCCAAGGGAACAGGAUCACUGCUCACAGGGCCAGGGGCAGCUCCCUGGGGGCCAGCAGCAGCCCCAGCCAGCCCUGGGGGCUGCAGUCCCUGUUCACACAGGACUCACAGGGGAACAGGGUCAUCAAGCACUGCUGAGAGCCCCCAGCACCUCUGUGUUCUCUGAGAUGUUGCUUGAAUCCAAAUAAAAGGUUGGA